AUGGAAAAGCUCAGCAGGUGGAACGUUGCCCACCGGCUCCAGAAGCGAAGCCUUCUGAUUGCCAUCAACAGUGUCGCCGGGCUGUCAAUUCUAUUCUUCGGCUACGAUCAGGGUAUGAUGGGAGGAGUAAAUACUAGUUUCGACUACUAUACCCGGAUGGGCUUCGGUCACCGCGGAGCAGAUGGCGGCCCAGUCGUAACCAACACUUUGCUUCAGGGAGGGAUUGUCGCGGUCUACUACUUGGGAACACUUGUAGGGGCCUUGAUCGGAGGCACCAUUGGCGACCGAUUCGGCCGUGUCAAGUCAAUCUUUAUCGGCGCAAUUAUCGGAAUCGUUGGUGCUUCGCUGCAGUGCUCGGCCAUGAAUCACUCCUGGAUGAUCUGUGCUCGUCUGGUCAACGGCUGGGGCACUGGUAUUCUCAACGCUAUUGUUCCUGUUUGGGCUACGGAGACGGCAGAGCACAAAUCCCGCGGACAAUUCGUCGCUAUCGAGUUUACCCUGAACAUCGUUGGUGUUGUCAUCGCGUACUGGCUCGAGUAUGGAUGCUCGUUCUACGGCAACGGCGAAUCUUCCUUCAUCUGGCGCUUCCCGGUGGCCUUUCAGAUCCCCAUGCUUAUUGGCCUGGCAGCGGCGGUUCUGUUCUUCCCAGAAUCCCCCCGUUGGCUAGUGAAGAUGGGCAGGGAGGACGAGGCUCGUUACAUCCUUGGCAGACUUCGGGGUGAUUCACUUGCUGAGGAGAAGGAGCUAGCUGAAGCGGAACUUCAGGACAUUAUUCAAUCCACCCAGUAUGAGCGCAACAACUUCCGCAAGCAAUCGUACCUCCAUAUGCUCUUCGGCGCCCGCUCCGGUAAGCUGCAUAUUGGCAGGCGAGUCCAGCUCGUCGUCUGGUUCCAGAUCAUGCAAGAAUGGAUCGGUAUUGCGGGCGUCACCAUCUACGCGCCCACCAUUUUUGGCAUUGCGGGGAUGAGUCCCGAGAAACGCCAAUGGAUUGCCGGACUCAACAACAUCUUCUACAUGUUUUCGACUUUGAUCUGUGUCUUCACGCUGGACAGGAUAGGUCGUCGAUGGACCUGCUACUGGGGUUCCAUCGGGCAAGGCAUCGCCAUGGCCCUUGCUGGCGGGUUCUCCAGACUCGGUCAGAAUGCCCGUGUCGACGGCGACCUCAGCAGGGCCAGCAGCUACGGGAAUGCCGCCGUGGCCAUGGUCUACAUCUUCACCUUUAUUUUCGGUGCCACUUGGUUAACGGUUCCUUGGUUAUAUCCGGCCGAAAUCUUUCCCCUGGAGAUUCGCGCAAAGGGCAACGCAUGGGGUGUCAUAGGCUGGUCCAUCGGCAACGGCUGGCUGACGCUGCUGUGCCCCAUCAUGUUCCAGCAGCUCGGCGAAAAGACAUUGUACAUCUUCGCUGCUUGCAACGCUAUCACCAUUCCCAUGAUCUGGGCGCUCUACCCGGAAACCUCUCAGCGCACGCUCGAAGAAAUCAAUCUGCUCUUCGCGUCAGACAGUAUCUGGAAUUGGGAAGCGGAGAAGACCCUUGCCUUGCUUAGGGAACAGGGGGAAGUCCCCGAGAGACGCCAGUCUGUCCUGUCGGCCAAGCGCCUUGGCUCCUCAUCCGCUGGCACUCCGAGGGCAGGCCCUCACCAGUCCGACAAAAGUCCAAAUGUCGGUGUCGAAGGCAGUGUCUGA